AUGGAUGACUUGGGAUUGUUUCGAGGUAGAUUUUGUAUACGUGUGUUUGAUAGUCGUCUGCACAGGUCAGCGGAUUUACGGAACAGUGUGAAGACGUACUACUCCCUUAGGGUGAAGACGUACUACUCCCUUAGGGUGAAGACGUACUACUCCCGUAGUCGGAACAAGUGCUACUCCCUUAGUGGAAAGACGUACUACUCCCUCAGUGGAAAGAAGUGCUACUCCCUUAGUGGGAAGACGUGCUACUAUCUUAGUGGGAAGACGUGCUACUCCCUUAGUGGGAAGACGUGCUACUCCCUUAGUGAGAAGACGUGCUACUCCCUUAGUGAGAAGACGUGCUACUCCCUUAGUGGGAAGACGUGCUACUCCCUUAGUGAGAAGACGUGCUACUAUCUUAGUGGGAAGACGUGCUACUCCCUCAGUGGAAAGAAGUGCUACUCCCUUAGUGGGAAGACGUGCUACUAUCUUAGUGGGAAGACGUGCUACUCCCUUAGUGGGAAGACGUGCUACUCCCUUAGUGAGAAGACGUGCUACUCCCUUAGUGAGAAGACUGAGAAGAAGUGCUACUCCCUUAGUGAGAAGACGUGCUACUCCCUUAGUGGGAAGACGUGCUACUAUCUUAGUGGGAAGACGUGCUACUCCCUUAGUGAGAAGACGUGCUACUCCCUUAGUGGGAAGACGUGCUACUCUCUUAGUGGGAAGAAGUGCUACUCUCUUAGUGGGAAGAAGUGCUACUCUCUUAGUGGGAAGAAGUGCUACUCCCUUAGUGAGAAGACGUGCUACUAUCUUAGUGGGAAGAAGUGCUACUCCCUUAGUGGGAAGACGUGCUACUCUCUUAGUGGGAAGACGUACUACUCCCUUAGUGUGAAGAAGUGCUACUCCCUUAGUGGGAAGACGUACUACUCUCUUAGUGGGAAGACGUACUACUCCCUUAGUGGGAAGACGUACUACUCUCUUAGUGGGAAGACGUACUACUCUCUUAGUGGGAAGACGUACUACUCCCUUAGUGGGAAGACGUACUACUCUCUUAGUGGGAAGACGUACUACUCCCUUAGUGGGAAGACGUGCUACUCUCUCAGUGGGAAGAAGUGCUACUCCCUCAGUUGGAAGAAGUGCCACUCUCUUAGUGUGAAGAGGUGCCACUCCCUUAGUGUGAAGAAGUGCCACUCCCUUAGUGUGAAGAAGUGCCACUCCCUUAGUGUGAAGAAGUACUACUCCCUUAGUGUGAAGAAGUGCUACUCCCUUAGUGGGAAGACGUGCUACUCCCUUAGUGAGAAGAAGUGCUACUCCCUUAGUGGGAAGACGUGCUACUCCCUUAGUGGGAAGACGUACUACUCCCUUAGUGUGAAGACGUGCUACUCUCUUAGUGGGAAGACGUGCUACUCCCUUAGUGGGAAGACGUGCUACUCUCUUAGUGGGAAGACGUACUACUCCCUUAGUGGGAAGAAGUGCUACUCCCUUAGUGGGAAGACGUACUACUCCCUUAGUGGGAAGACGUACUACUCUCUUAGUGGGAAGACGUACUACUCCCUUAGUGGGAAGAAGUGCUACUCCCUUAGUGGGAAGAAGUGCUACUCCCUUAGUGGGAAGACGUACUACUCUCUUAGUGGGAAGACGUACUACUCCCUUAGUGAGAAGAAGUGCUACUCCCUUAGUGGGAAGACGUACUACUCUCUUAGUGGGAAGACGUGCUACUCCCUUAGUGAGAAGAAGUGCUACUCCCUUAGCGGGAAGACGUACUACUCCCUUAGUGUGAAGACGUACUACUCCCUUAGUGGGAAGACGUACUACUUCCUUAGUGGGAAGACGUACUACUCUCUUAGUGGGAAGACGUACUACUCCCUUAGUGGGAAGACGUGCUACUCCCUUAGUGGGAAGACGUGCUACUCUCUUAGUGGGAAGACGUACUACUCCCUUAGUGGGAAGACGUGCUACUCCCUUAGUGGGAAGACGUGCUACUCUCUUAGUGGGAAGACGUACUACUCCCUUAGUGGGAAGACGUGCUACUCCCUUAGUGGGAAGACGUACUACUCCCUUAGUGGGAAGAAGUGCUACUCCCUUAGUGGGAAGACGUACUACUCCCUUAGUGGGAAGACGUACUACUCUCUUAGUGGGAAGACGUACUACUCUCUUAGUGGGAAGACGUACUACUCCCUUAGUGGGAAGACGUACUACUCCCUUAGUGGGAAGACGUACUACUCCCUUAGUGGGAAGACGUACUACUCCCUUAGUGGGAAGACGUACUACUCUCUUAGUGGGAAGACGUACUACUCCCUUAGUGGGAAGACGUACUACUAUCUUAGUGGGAAGACGUACUACUCCCUUAGCGGGAAGACUGGGAAGAAGUGCUACUCCCUUAGUGGGAAGACAUACUACUCCCUUAGUGGGAAGAAGUGCUGCUCCCUUAGUGGGAAGACGUACUGCUCCCUUAGUGGGAAGACGUACUACUCCCUUAGUGGGAAGACGUACUACUCCCUUAGUGGGAAGAAGUGCUACUCCCUUAGUGGGAAGAUGUACUACUCUCUUAGUGGGAAGACGUACUACUCCCUUAGUGGGAAGACGUACUACUCCCUUAGUGAGAAGAAGUGCUACUCCCUUAGUGGGAAGAUGUACUGCUCUCUUAGUGGGAAGACGUGCUGCUCCCUUAGUGGGAAGAAGUGCUACUCCCUUAGUGGGAAGAUGUACUACUCUCUUAGUGGGAAGACGUACUACUCCCUUAGUGUGAAGAAGUGCCACUCCAUGAAAGCGAGGAAUUCACUUAUUCAGAACAGUGAUACUAUAUUUAGUAACGUUCCGAAAUGA